CUGACACUAUGAGCGCUCAUUGCUUACCCUGCGAUCGAGACUUCAUCGAUUUCGAGGCUCUGCAACAACAUAAUCGAGACUCACCCGCGCACAAGUUCGACUGUACAAGAUGCGAUCGCCAUUUCAAAACCGACAAGGCUCUGGCACAGCACUACCAGAACGCCAAGGUUCAUGCUCAGUCCUCCGAACAUCCAUCCAUUCUCACAACGCCUCCUAAAAAGCAAAAGCCGACCACGAAACGAAAGUCGACCAGAAGACCGAAGUCAGUCAAGAUAUCGUCCAUGUACCCUUCACUCCACAAUGACGUGUCCGAACUCCUUCGCGAAGACAACCUUUUCUUUAGCUUCUACGAGGAGGACGAUAGUAGCAACGACAUAGACGAUUACGACACGAAUAUCAUGGGCAAGUUUACUUGCAGAAAUACAGCAUGCCUGGCUAUCUGGACAAGCAAGCAAAUAGCCAUCACUAUACGAAGAUAUUCCAACCAGCGAUACAAUGCGAGGGUGUAUUACCAGUCCUGUAAACGCUGCCGCAUGACGAGUGAACCACAACCGGAUCAUUCAUAUGCAGAAAGAGUGGCAUAUCGUCUCAAAAAGUGGUCUGGAGUCCAGGUGGAACGCCCUCCCUUCUCAGGGCGGAGUGAUGGCCCACAUAGGAGCGAUCUAUGUGAAGGGUGUAAGCAGGGUCAUUGCAGCAGGAUGGAACAAUUGUUCUAGCCGAGUUGGCACUUAUUCGCAUUGCUUUAACCUUCACGAUUUAGCUUCGGGUAGGGUAUCUCGCGACCUCAGGCAACGAAACACACUGACACUAACUGUGGAUGUUCACUCUAGAGCCUACGAGUAGGUUCCGUGCCAUGUGGCUUUCCUUCAACCGAAGUCUUUCCACCAUCGUGACAUCCACCCAGCAUGUGAGAAUGCGGGUCCAUAUAUCGUAUCGUUCAUAUGUAUUUCUUGAAAUUGAUUCAGUUCCUAAA